UCCUCACAUGCGGAAGUACCGAGCGAACUGGCCGGUGCGUUACACGCCAUAAACAAUACCCCACUGGACGCUCCCUUACACCUCCUCUGCGCCACAGACACACUCGUGGACAUGGUGAUGGACAAAGCCCCUCACUGGGAAGACUACGGGUGGAUUGAUGUGGCCUUCUCCGCCUUCAUGCGCGCCCUCCUGAACAAAAUGCGUCAACGCUGCGCCGCGACGACUCUAGGAAAAAUUGCCUCACCGGGAGCCUGGGCGUCCCUCGAACGCGCUCGCCAAGACAUGUCUAGCAACCUACAGGCCCACCUCCCUCGCAUUGACCAAGUUGAACAGCUGGACUUGACAUGCGACCCUCGGUUCAAUAUCUCGGGUGCUAGGCUACACUCCGUGACGCAGGCCCUGGCCUACAAGGGCAUUCUGGAGUGGAAAGACGCCCCAGCCCGCCCCGCCGCGCAAAGAAACAUCCAGGCCAUACGGGACCAUAACGAGGCCAGAGGCCCCCUGCCAGACGGUACGAUUUGGACGAGUCUCCGCCAUAGAGAUUUUAGCCGAACUUUUGCGGUCUUCCUGUGGAAGUGUGUCCACGACGCGUUGCGAUGCGGUGCGUACUGGCUAAAGAUCCCUGGCUACGAAGACAGAGCUCAAUGCAGCUUCUGCGGCGCACUGGACUCGAUGCAACACAUUCUCUUCGAGUGCACAGCAACGGGCCAGGCGGUAAUAUGGGAGGCAACCGCCACACUCUGGAAGAAGAAGGGCCUCCAAUGGCCGACCCUGACGGCGCCCAACAUUCUCUCCCUAGGUCUCAAACAGUGGUCCGACGGAAGAGGUCGCCCCCGGCCAGGUGCCACACGCCUCUGGAGGAUCCUGAUCUCUGAGGCAGCGUACUUAAUAUGGAAGCUCAGAUGUGAACGUGUCAUCGGACACGAGGGCGAACCAGGCUGGGACCACGACGCAUCCAGCCCUGCUCGACGUCUCACCUUCGCAAUGAACAGACGCCUAUCUACAGACGCUGCAGCGACGAGAAAGAGUUUCGGAACACUGGCGCUGAAUGUAGACCUCGUACUAGCCACUUGGAAUCAAACCCUGUACGAUGAACAAGCGCUCCCCGAAGAUUGG